UUCAUCUCCAAGACCAUCCUAGACCAUCCCACGUUUCUACAGCUUUCGUUUCGUUUCGUACCCUACAAAAACCCAGUAGAAGUACUUGCUAACGACAUUAUCUGCAGCUCAUAUACUAAACGCAGAAAAAAUGGAUAGAAGGCACGCACUACCGCGACCUGCAUCCUCAGAAGAGGUAGAUUGCUGGUCGCAUGCAUCUAAGUCAUUGGCAUCACUCUCCGAUGUUUAUGCCAGCCCUAGUAGCGUCGAAACCAUCGGGCGUGUUAACAGACUAAUCUCCAUGUGGCCGACCGAUGACGUCCUUCCGGCUGAAGGGUAUGAUGGAUUGAAAACCAAUUACAGACGGCUAUCUUCAGCCUUGAAAGAAGUUCGACACAUUAGCGAUGAGGAAGUCAAGGCUAUCGACAGUCUUCUUGAAGAACUCGACAUACUAAUAGCCCUCCGAGAAGCACCAGAGUUACCCUCACAAGAGAAGCGAAACAAGCGCCCACGGCCCCCAUCACCUACUGCCACUCCUGUGUCGGUUACGCCACCCUUGAUGUCUGCCGCGAGGCCAGUGACGACUCAGACGGCACCUUCGCGGAGCUCGACCGGCCCCUCUCCCGCCAUACCAUUUUCGAGAGAGCCAAAGGCUCGCAGAGAAGCUCUCGCGAAGCAGCUGCCAUUACGAGAAGGGCGAAAAGUCGCAUUCCACCCACCUGCGGGAAAGGCGGCCGACGGGAGCACGGCUGACGCCGAUGAAAACACAUGGAUCUUGGCCGUUAUCACAAAGUGUAUCAAUCAGGAUAAGAAUCGAUAUGAGGUGCAAGACGUUGAACCUCAAGAAGACGGGCAGCCUGGACAAUGCUAUAAUACAACCCUCCGAGCCAUUAUACCACUACCAGAUCCGAGUGCCCUUCCAACAAGUGCUGCACAUUUGAAUGCCUAUCAGGAAUUCCCUGCUGGUUCGACGGUCAUGGCGCUCUAUCCUGACACGAGCUGUUUUUACAGAGCUGAAGUCAUAUCCUCCCCGAGAGACGUGCAGCCAAUCGGACGCGGUGUGUCCGCAAAGCACAUUGCCAUGUACAAGCUCAAGUUUGAAGAUGACGAUGACCAAGAGCAUUCUGUCGCUGCACAGUGGGUUGUUGAAUGGCCUGGAGCAUGAUUAUAUCACAUGUCUAAGUAUCUCUAUUUACUGCAAUUCCUUGAGAGGUCCACGAUGCCCUAGGCAGAUCGAUGAAUACCGGGUUUAGUCUGACUGCGUUCAAGUUAUGGACCCCGAACACUCUUCCAUAUUUUCAACAUGUGACUGCUUUGUACCGAACUUUCUGGAUUUUGACGAACUUCCUAUAUAUAUGCCGCCAGACAGGAGGUCACUUUGCUU